AACAGCAGUACCUACCAACCAGAGGAGACUCCGCGCGACUCCGCCAAAUCUAUAAAGAGAAAACCGAAACCGCCACCUUUAGUAACCUUCUUCACAGAAACCUCCUCCCUUCCUAUCAAAAACGUGUAUUUCUUCCUCUUACAAAUCUCUAAAGAGAGAGACAUUUUUCCAAUCGAUCUCUUCUAUACAUUUCCCUCUCGUUAUUACCUUCAAACAAACAAGAAAAAAUAAUAUAUUCUUUCAUCAACAACUAACAACUUCUUCUUCUUCUUCAAACCCAUUUGUUGAAAUCUCUGAAAUUUUAAUUUCCUUUUCGGGUUCAUCUUUGAAUAUAACGAGCAAGUUUUUAUAAAUUUGUUUUUUUUUUUCCUAUAAAAAAAGUGGGUAUAUAAAAUGGCCACUACUGCAUUUCAUCACACUAUUGGGACUGGUGGGGUGAAUGGAUGUUGUGAUGGUUUGGGUUCACGACAAGUUGUCAAUUUUCCGGUGAAGACUGUAUCAAAGACAUUUGGGUAUGAUGUUGGUUUAUUGAGGAGAGGUAGUUGUCGCACUAGUAUUCAGAAUUUGAGUGUGAUUCAAGCCUCGAGUUCCCAAUCGUCAGUGGCUGAUCAGGUUUUAUCACCCUCAAACAAUGAGAUAAGUGAGCCUAAGAAAAAGUCAAAUGAAGCUGCCCUGAUAUUGAUAAGGCAUGGUGAGUCUUUGUGGAACGAGAAGAACCUAUUCACAGGUUGCGUGGAUGUGCCCUUGACCAAAAAGGGAGUGGAAGAGGCAAUAGAAGCUGGUAAAAAAAUUAGUAACAUACCUGUAGAUAAGAUUUACACGUCUUCCCUAAUUCGUGCACAGAUGACAGCAAUGCUUGCAAUGACCCAACACCGUCGUAGAAAGGUUCCUAUCUUUACGCAUAACGAAAAUGAACAAUCUAGAAAAUGGAGCGAAAUUUACAGUGAAGAAACCAAAAGCCAGUCAAUUCCUGUUGUCGCAGCUUGGCAAUUAAAUGAAAGAAUGUAUGGGGAGCUACAGGGUCUUAACAAGCAGGAAACUGCAGAUAGAUAUGGAAAGGAGCAAGUCCAUGAGUGGCGUCGUAGUUAUAAUACUCCUCCGCCUAACGGCGAGAGCCUAGAAAUGUGUGCGGAAAGAGCUGUUGCUUAUUUCACAGAUAAUAUUGAACCCCAACUUCAACGCGGAAAGAAUGUGUUGAUUGCUGCCCAUGGAAACUCAUUAAGAUCCAUUAUUAUGUAUCUCGAUAAGUUAACCACCGAAGAGGUUAUUAGCUUAGAGCUUUCUACAGGAGUUCCUAUGCUUUACAUAUUCAAAGAAGGAAAGUUCAUUAGAAGGGGAAGUCCAGUGAGUCCCACCGAAGCUGGUGUUUAUGCGUAUACUAGAAGUUUGGCUCUUUACAGGCAGAAAUUAGAUGAGAUGAACUAGAUCACUUUAAACAACAGAAUUCAGCCUCCACUGUAUCUUUUUCACAACGGCUUCUCUUUUACUAGGUUAUAAAAAGCAUAUAAUGUGGUCAUGUGGAAUCAAGCUCCUUGUACUAUAAUGGAUCUACAAGAAAGCUGGACAUUCUUCUGAUUACAAAUUUUGUAUGGUUUGAUCAAGUCAAGUCGUUUUAGGUACUUGACUUUGUGCCUGUCCAGUUUGUGUGUUUCUUUUUUAUGACAAGUACAAAUGUUGGUGUUAAGAAUUGUCAACUUAGUUCUGUAAUAGACUGAUGAUAAAAUUAGAGAGUAUAUACUUCUUUUGUUCCUCUA